AUGCCUCCUUCUCGUGAAGCUCUGGUAAAUCGCGGGGAUGAAGAUGAGGUCUGCCCCGUCUGCAAAUCCUCGCGGUACCUGAACCCAGAUAUGCGAUUCCUAAUCAACCCAGAAUGCUACCACAAGAUGUGCGAGUCCUGCGUGGACCGGAUAUUCUCCGGCGGCCCCGCGAACUGCCCGGUGGCCGGGUGCCACAAGACGCUGAGGAAGAAUCGAUUUCGCAAACAGACUUUUGAGGAUAUACAUGUCGAGAGGGAGGUCGAUAUACGGCGGAGAGUCAUGACGGUCCUCAACCGCCGAGAAGAAGAGUUCGAUUCCAAGCUGGACUGGGAUAACUUCCUAGAGCAGAGAGAGGAAAUCAUUUUCAACCUCGUCAACAGAAUCGAUGUCGCGAAAACCGAAGCAGACCUUCAGAGCUACGCAUCGGAGAAUAUGCGGUCUAUCCGUGCCAACCAAGCACUCGAGGCGAAGGAGGUCUCCUCGUUCCAAGAACGUCAGAACCACGAACAAGAACUGGCACGUCUGCGACGGCAGGCAGCCAAGGAAGAGUACGAAAACGAACGGAAAGAACUAUUGGCCGGCCGAGAAAAUUAUCUCAACAACCUUGCGCAGGGGCGAGCAGGAGAUGCCGCUGCAAUCGCGCAAAAAGUCAUGCUCAAGAAAUCCUCAGCCCGGCGCAGCGAGGAAGAGCGAAUCAGGCAGAAACAAGCUGCUCUACGCGGCACAGAUGCUCAGAAGCCUGCUUAUCCUGGCGCCGUCACUGCCGAAGAGGGCGGUUCUGGUUUGAUCAAGGGUCUCAAGAAGAUCAAGACCCCGGAGCCCGAGAAGCCUUACGACCCAUUUGGCGGUAUGGUUCCAAACAAAAGAGACUAUUACACAUUGCGGGACCACUAUCCGUCCUCGUAUCUUGAUCCUAUCCGGCAGGACACUCGGAUGCUUGCAGGUGGGUACGACCUGCAAGAAUAUUACUCACGAACCAUGCUCGAGGCCUUUGCGGGAUUGGGAUGCUUCAUUGACGAGGAGGUUCCAAAACGACAGGCAAGCUCCUUUAACGUCAUGAAACCAGUCGCCACACAGGGUGCUGCUCUCGCUGCGGGCUCGGGCUCGGGUAGCAUAUGA